AUGAGCAAUUAAACUUAAUAAGAUGAUAAUGAGUAUGUCUUUGAAAAUCUUAACGAAUAUCAGGCAUUUGUGAAAAAUAAUAAACGCACAAAAUUGCACAAUAAAUCAACUGUUUCAUGGCUUAAAACAAGAUACUCCAAUAAAACAAAAAAACAUUAUCUUUUGUUUCCAGAAGAGUUGAUAGAAGAUAUGAAAAUUCGUAAAAUAUUCAAAAUAUUUGAUAAGGAUGGCUCUCAAGCACUUGAUUUAAAAGAAAUGGUAGAAAUGUUUCAAAAGUAUAAUAUCGAAAUUGACAAGGAAGAACUCUAAUAAAUAUAUAAUAUUGUAGAUAAAACUAAAGAUAAUGCAUUAAAUUACUUAGAAUUUAAAGAAUGUGCUAUCUCCUAAGAUGCUAAUGCCAUUUUCUCUAAAAUGAUUUCUAAAGUACGUACUUAAGAACAACAAAAAAAAUCAGCAGAGGAAAGAAACAUUUAUUUACCUUAAAGAUUCUCAGAAAUGGUCACUUAUCUUAGCUAUAGAAUUAAUAGAGAGGAUUUAGAAGAUUAUUUGAGAGAAAGAAAUCACAGAAUCAGUGAGAGAUACGAAAAAUAUUUAUAAUUAAUGAAUUUAAAUGGGCUUGAUUCAGCUGGAGCAACUGCUCACGAAAACCAAAUCAAAGAUUAAAAAAAAUUAGAUAAGGCUAGUGAUCUUGAGUAGAAAAUUUUUGAUAGGCAAUCUAGUUCAGAUUCAGAUGGUGAAUCUUUAGAAGCUGAAAAGUCUUUUAGAAAUUAAAUUAAAGAAGAGCAGUUAAAGAAACAAUAAAAAGCAUAAUAUAGACUAUCUUAGGCUACAAAUUCAGUCAACAGAUCAUAACCUCAUUUGAUGUCUACUUCUCCUAGACAUGGCUCACUUUAAAUAGAACUUUAGGCGUAAAACAGUAAUUAUUUUUUGCAGUCUUCUGUAGCUGGUGCUUAAACUUAUGGAACUUAAGGAAGCAAUUAUAACAACUCAAACUCUUAGUUGGCAGCUUCUAGAGGUUCAAUUAGGAACUCAAAAAUUAGAACAUAAGGGAAAAAGGAAAUGGAUGAGGAGUAAAUUCACAACAAAUUUACCAAAUAUGAAGCUUAGAGUCUAUCUAAAAAGGCUCAGCUCAAAGGAAAGGAUGAUGCAUAAAAUUUAUAUACUGAAGUAUCAAAAUAAUAUGGUACACAAGAAAAUUUUUACAAGACUUUCUAAAGCACUUAAAAUUGGUAGAACGCUAACAAUGAUACUUAAGCUGGUUUAAAAAAUAAAACAUAAUUAUAAACUGAUGAGACUGAUUCAUAAUUAGGUAGUGUAGAAAACAAAAAGUCUGCUGAAAGAAGCAAUUUAUUACCUCUGUCAACAACAUUUUAAAACCAUAGAGGAGGAAUAGGGAAAUUCUUUGGAAGUAAUGGCUAAGACUUCGAGAGCACUUAGAAUUCUUAAAAUAUAAACAAUAAUAUUUACGGAACAAGAUAAAAAUAUUCAAACGAUGACUUUAGACAUACUGAUUUCAAAGGAUUUAAUAAUAAGAGUCAUAAUUAGCUAGGAACAAUGAGGAGUGUCAGUUAAUUUAUGACCAGCAAGAAUAAAUUUAAUAGCACUUUCUAUACUCUUGGGAAGCGUCCUACAACAAAUUAAAGCUAAUUAAAAACUCUCGGGAUAGAUAAAAGCUCAUUUAAAAGCAUUUGCAAUAUAAUGAAUAAAACAUUGUUGCAACUAGAGAAUAAGAAAAUUACAAACAAUUUGUUUAUAAAAACAGCUCCUUCGUCUACUAGAUUUUCUUAUAAUAAGCAAAACUAGGAAAAUAAAGUAUAGAAUAUGAGCUAAAAACUAUUGAAUUAGAAUAUAGAGAAUAAUAUAAUAGAUCCGAAACUAAUGCAAUCUAUUUACAAACCUAACCAGAUAUAAGAAUAUUAAGAAAGAGAGAAAUAAUUGAUAAAUGAAAUCAAACAAGAUAUUAUGAAUAAAUUUUUAAUGAACAAUCAAGUUGCUGUGUCAUUAUUUGAAGAUUUACAAAAAUCAAAUUAAAAACCAUAUUAUAAAGUUAAUCAUUCUAUCACAACAGAACAAUCAUUCUUAAAAUAAAACAGGCUUCCUGAAUUAGAUAUGAUGAAUAAAGUGUACGAAAAAGAUAAGACACCUAUUGGUAAACACAUGAAUAAUUAACUUGACAGCAAAUAUUUAAAAAAUUGA